AUGAAGGUGUCAUUCAAAAGUAGCAGCUUCUAACUUCUUUAAAACACGGAGCGGACGAAAGCAGUCGUUUCUCGGUCGUAUUAACGUUCGCAGGUCCGAGCGCGUCGCUGCGGGGGUCCGAGCUCUGACGGAGAUGUGAUGCUGUUUCUGCAGGUGUUUUGAGGUGUGUGUGUGUGUGUGUGUGAUGACGGCCCCGGUUCUUCACGGCAGCGCCGCGCUCUUCAGGAGGAUCCUCAGCCGCUUCCCGCAGGACCUCAGCCUGGCCUUCGCCUACGGCUCCGCGGUGUUCCGGCAGACGGGCAGCUCCCCGGGGCGGAUGGGGAACAUGCUGGACUUCGUGUUUGCGGUGGACGACCCGGUCACGUGGCACACCAUGAACCUCCUGGAGAACCGGAAGCAUUACUCCUUCCUCAGAUACCUGGGGCCCAAACACAUCAGCAGCGUCCAGAGCGAGUACGGGGCCGGGGUUUACUUCAACACGCUGGUCCCCGCCGAAGACCGGGUGAUCAAGUACGGCGUGAUCUCCACCGACGCUCUGAUCGACGACCUGCUCCACUGGAAGACCCUGUACAUAGCAGGACGCUUACACAAACCUGUCCAGAUCGUGCUCCAGAACGAGAGCGGCGAGCUGCGGGCGGCUCUGCUGGGGAAUCUAAAGAGCGCCGUCACCGCCUCCUUCCUCAUGCUCCCCGAGAGCUUCUCAGAAGAAGAGCUCUUCCUCCAGAUCGCAGGCUUGUCCUACUCCGGGGAUUUCAGGAUGCUGUUUGGAGAGGACAAAUCCAAGGUGUCCAACCUCGUUAAAGACAGCGUGCCUCACUUCCGCCGGCUAUACAGCGGUAUUCUUCAGGAGUGUCCUCAGGUGGUGUACAAGCCUCAGCAGGGCCGGCUGGAGGUGGACAAGAGCCCCGAGGGUCAGUUCACGCAGCUCAUGGCUCUCCCUCGCUGUCUCCAGCAGCAGAUCACGCGUCUGGUGGAGCGGCCCGGGAAGAACCGAGACGUGGAGGAGGUCCUGCUGCAGGUGGCCCAGGACCCCGACUGCGGCUCCGUCGUGCAGCAAGGGAUUUCCUCAAUCGUGAAAGCCUCCAGCAUUUCACAGAGCAUCAAAGGAAUCGCCACCGCUGGUCUCGUCAAAACUCUGUCGUACAGCACGAGAAAGCUGCAGAAGAUGUGGAGAGGCUGGCGAAGACGGCGCGCUGUUUAGCUAGCAUUUAUCGACAGUCGCUGUAUUAAACCGAUCCUCCGCCGACGGAAAAUGCCAAUAAAGGUUUCCAAGCGUU